UCUAUGAUCAAUUUACGUUUUUGUUUACAGAUUUUCUGAUUUUCUUUUCACUGUCGUGUUGUCGCGAAACUCAAAAUGUCCAACAAAAGAAACAAGGAAGUAAUAAACCAAGAAAGUGAGAGCGAAGAAGAACAAGAUUCCGGCAGCGAGAAGGAUUCUGAUUUUGAUUCAGACGGGAACUUCGUUGGGGACAAGGAACUCCAAGCUGACUUUGAAGGAAGAAACCCCGAGGACUGUGACUUCCAUGGCAUCAAACAACUGUUGAGACAACUGUUUCUCAAAUCAAAUGUUGACUUGGGUGGACUGGCACAGAUCAUUAUUUCACAAAACUAUGUAGGCAGUGUAGUGAAGCAAUGCUUAGACGACGGAGUGGAGGAGGACGAUGAUGAUGGAGAUGACGGCAGUGACGGAGUGUUUGGAGUCACCACUGUUAUUAACAUUACUAAGAGGAAAGAAGAGCCGUGUGUGCAACAAAUCCGCACAUUGCUAACCACACUUGCCAAUGAAAAUGCAGACGACAGGACGAAGGCGCUUGUCAACAAAAUACUCACAGACAACAACAACCAAGUGGGAUUUGUUAUUAAUGAAAGAAUCCUCAACAUUCCAGCAGCGAUCAGCGUCCCUCUGUUCUCGUCUCUGCAGGGUGAGCUGGACAAGGCGGUGAAGAAGGGCAUGCCCUACGUAUUCCAGCACCUUGUGUGGAUCUGUAAAACUUACAACACUGGGGAGGGCGACGCGGAGGUGCUGUUCGCGAACCAGGAGGAGCGCCCUCUGGCGGAGGCGGCGCUGGCGGCCUUCGACGUGGACGUGACGCAGCAGGCCGACCUCUCGCAGUGGGACUACGACGGUGGCGCCAUGACGCCUUGCAGAAAGGUACUUAUAUUCGAAGGUAGCAAAUUCAACGAACUAAUUAGGCUACUGAAAGAGGAAGUAGAAAAUGUAUAAGAAUUUGAUUAACCGAAUAUAUUGUAUGUUAGGCUAUUGAUACACUGUGUAUUUUGUAUAUUUAUAUUUUAAGGAAAAUUAAAUGUGAACUAAGCUUAUAUAA